AUGUUAAGAGUUAAUAAACUUAAAAGUGUAGUUGAUAAAUUUACUACAUUAUCACAAUCAUCAUCAUCAUCAUCAUUGUUGAGCAGAUCAUUGAAUAAUAAUAAUAAUAGUCAAACAAAGACAACGACUAUAUCAACUUUAAUAAUGUCACAACAAAAGAAAAAACCAACUAUUCAAACUAAAGCAAAGUUACCAAAAAUAUCACAAUGUGCUGCUGCACUCCAGGGAAAUAGAUUCUACUCGACCAAGCCUGGAUUCAAACCGGCACCCUACUUAGGACCACCACCAACUCUCAAUGAGAUCGUUAAGCUCGAGUUACUCCAGAAGGAGUCACCAGAGACCAUCAAAGAGAUCUGGUUGCGUUAUCACUCCAAGAAGGACUCGAUCUGCGCCGUCAUCCCUGCUGAGACCUACAACAAGCUGAAGCAACGUGCCAAGUCGUGUCCACUGUUUGUCUUCCCGUUGCCAGGUGACAAAGGAUACAUCUCCAUUCUCUAUCAAUGGCAAGAGGACUAUUUCAUGUAUACAUAUUUGGAUCAGUACAAAAAGUACACCGUCAACGCUGUUCCAUGGUUAUCAGCCGCUCAUUACACCGAUCUCCUAGAGUCAAAAGGUAUUGUUUUAAUGAGAGCCGAUCCAAAUCUCGAGGUAUUAAAUACAGUUCAAGCACAAUUUCUUUAUAAUCAAACACAGAUCUUCUUGUUGGACGAUAAGAAAUUUAAUAUUAUGCAAACAUUCACCUACAAUCCACAGAGAUUCGAUUUCAAUGCUGUGUUGAGAGAGAUUAACGACCAGAAAUCAAUGUUGGAAACUGUGCAAGAUCCAAACGAUAAAUCACAUAAAAUAGUCAAUUUCGACAAUAACACAGCAUCAGGAGUCAACAGUAGCAAUAAGGAAGAUAUUGCAGCUGCAGAGACUACAUCAACUACCACCACUACAUCAACAAAAGUAGAGACAACAGGGGAGAAAGAGUCACAAGAAAAGAAUCAGCCGAUCACAAUGGACACCUAUAAGGUCAAGCCAUCACUGUCUGCCACCACAUCACAAUCUUCUUCAUCAUUAGAUUAA